AUUACAGCGACAUUUCCAAAGCUCCUCACAGGAUCAGAGAUGGGAAGCCGUCCGCGUCAGGAGCCUGCAGACUCUGUGGUCUGGUUUCACAGCUACUUGCACGGAGGGACGUCGAGCCUCAUCUCCACGCUGACCACCCUCAUCACCUUCCCUCUGUACAAGACCGUGUUUCGCCAGCAGCUGCACAGCACUUUGGUGCGAGAAGCGGUGGCCCAGCUGCUCAGGGAGGGCCCGCUCAAACUGUACCGCGGUGUGGCACCACCUUUACUGAUGAGAUCCCUGAACGGGACGCUCCUGUUCGGCCUCCAGGACACCCUCCUGCAGCAGCUGUCUCUCCGGGACACGAGUGCUGUUCCCAGGACGGCCCUCCCUGCUCUGGCAGGUUUGGGGGCAGGUGUGCUGGAGGCCGUGCUCUUUACUCCAUUCGAGCGCGUGCAGAACGUCCUGCAGAACAGCAGGAACGACACUAGCCUUCCUACAUUAAGAAGCAUACUGCACAGACUUGCCUCAAAGCCGCCGGCAUCAGGGUACUACACCGCCUUCCUGCCUGUGCUCGUCCGUAAUGCCUUAGGGAGCAGCCUGUACUUUGGGCUGAAGGACCCCAUGUGUGAGACUCUUCGGGCUUGUGGCUGUUCCCCUGUCGCGUCCUCCUUCAUCACUGGUGUGCUGAACUCAAUGGUGAUCAGUCUGCCGCUGUACCCUCUCUCUGUGCUGGUGGCUAACAUGCAGGCCCAGGUGGACGGAGGAGGAGGGGUCAGGAGCAGCUGGAAGAGACUUUGGGCGGCCCGGCAGCACAGGCUGGUUCUUCUGUACCGUGGAGGAUCGCUGGUCAUCUUCCGCUCCUGCAUCACCUGGGGAAUCACCACUGCCAUCUACGACCAGCUCAAGAGGCGCUCCAGAAGCUCAGGUUAACACGCAAUGCUGUUUAUAACAGGGAUGUCAUCCACUGCUGAUGUAUUCACUGGUGCGAUGAUGAUGCAUGAGUUAACAUGAAUACUGUAGAGCACAUGUCAAGGAAUGAAACUGUACAGUUGCUCAGUUCUAUUAAAAUGCCAAACGAUCCACAUGCAAUUAAGGGAAAAUGCCUGUUUUGCUUCUUAGUCCACUACAAACACCGUCUGUCUACAGUAGAGCCUGUGCAAUUGAGCUUAACUACAAUUAGUUUGAAGCUGUUAUUGUCUUUAAUAUAUAAAUAACAAUAAAAUGUCAUCACCCUCAGGCCAUCAUUCGAUAUCGGGAUGAGUUUGUUUCUUCAUCAGGUUUGUAGAAAUGAAGCAUUGCAUCAGUGUCUCAUCAACGGAUGCUCUGCAGUGAAUGGGUGCCGUCAGAAUGAGAGUUCAAACAGCUGAUAAAAACAUCACAAUAAUCCACAGCACUCCAGUCCAUCAGUUAACAUCUGGAGAAGACAACAUAUGAAACAAAUCCAUAAUCAAGAUGUUUUUAUCAGCUUUUUGGACUCUCAUUCUGACGGCACCCAUUCACUGCAGGGCAUCCGUUGAUGAGACACUGA